AUGUCACCCCUUCCCAGCAAGCAAAAAAAGACCGUUCUCAUCACAGGCUGCUCGGAUGGAGGUCUCGGUGCUGCACUGGCGAUGGCGUACCAAAAAUCUGGCUAUCGAGUAUUCGCUACAGCACGAAACCCUUCGAAAAUGGCAUCUCUUACAGCAGCGAAUAUCGAGACUCUGACAUUAGACGUGGUGUCCGAUGAAUCCAUAAAGAGCUGCGUUUCUGAAAUCAUGAGAUUGACCGGAGGAGCACUGGACGUCUUAAUCAACAACGCUGGUGCCCAAUACAACAUGCCCAUCACAGAUCUCUCGAUCCCUGAAGCGAAGAAAGUAUUCGAUCUCAACCUCUGGUCAUGUCUCUCCACCAUCCAGGCAUUCAUACCACUGCUUAUGGAAGCCAAAGAUGGAGCAUUGAUCGUCAAUCACACUUCCGUUGGAUCCAUCGCAGGUCUUCCAUUCCAAGCCGCCUACAAUGCUUCAAAAGCCGCGUUGGCAAUGUUUUCUGACAUUCUUCGACUGGAGUUACAGGCGUUCAACAUCAAGGUUGUUGAUCUGAAAACUGGAGGCGUAAAAUCCAACAUCCUCGCCAACUUGACGCACCCAGACUUGCCAAAAGAGUCAAUUUAUGAUUGUGCGAGAGACGAGGCAGAGAAGAUGCUGUCUGGUGAAAAUCUAAAGUCUUUGAAAAGGACUUACGUUGAUGCGGAUACAUGGGCAGAAGGAGUAGUGAAGGACCUCACCAAGCCGAUGCCGCCACAUCAGAUCUGGCGAGGAGGCCAGGCGUGGCUUGCACGCUUGGGAAAGCUACUUCCAGUCGGUCUUUUCGAUGAGCAAUUGAAAAAGGUCACCGGACUAGAUAAUUUGAAUUGUAAAAUUGAGAAAGUUCGGUCGAGUAACCCUACAUAUGGAACUUAG